CUCGGCCAACCAAGAAUGGGUUGACCAUCACCAAGAUGGAAACGCUGGCGCGCAAGAAAGGUCGGCCGGCGGGACCGAUCCAGGUCUUGAAGGAUGACAGCAUGACGCUUUCCUUCAAAGUUCCGUCUUCCAUCAAGCUUCCGCAAGCUUCAUCGAUUCUUCGUGUGGUAACCCCUCCCAUAGAAGCUCCAGCAGCAAUUACCACUACAACAGCCAAUGUCGAAGAAGACGUGGAGGAGGACUCGUGGGAGUGCAAAACCGAUUUUGCGCUCGAUUUGAAUGCGAAAGCGGUCGAUAUGGAUGAUGAGUGGGAAGAGUGCACGGCCGAGGCGUUCCCAGACGACUUUCCCAUCUUGCUUGUCAACCUCUCUAAACUCAGCGUGGAUCACAUGGGUGUGUCGCUGGCGACGAACGAAGAUGCCACUUUGAUUUCGAACAAAAUACAGGAAAUAUUCGCCUCCUCCAAGUUCUCGUAUGUCCUGGAAGUGCUCCUCGAACAAGAAACGGCGUAUCAUGCCACGUAUGGGGCGUACAAAGCCAGGUUGGCGCAACUCACCGGCAACUCGGUCGACGGAGACGACGUAUGGGCCGCAAUCGAUUAUCCCGCACUGAUUGAUGGCGCCAUUCCUCUGAGCGACAUCUUGGACGUGCUGCGUCGACCGACCAAGUGGAGGAGCGUCAACUUCAUCAAAGACUGCAUGUCUCAGUCUUCCCGCGACAUCAAGUGGAAAGCGCAGGUCAUUGCAGAGCUGGAGAAGCUUGCCGAAUCUGAAGAAGCUGCGCGAAACUCACGCCAAGAAGCGCUUCGCGUCGAAAUCGAACAGGUAGCGUCCGCGAGGGACGUGUACGAUCGCAAACUCGAAAGUUUGGAGGGACAUCAUGACACCAAGUCUGUCAUGGCGCGACAAUUUGCCAGGAGUCGUCUGGAGGAAACAAACGCGACGCUGUCUCGGUUGGUGGACGCGUACCUCGCAACGACGUCGCCGUCCCAUAGGAGGCAUGAAGACGAGAUGCUGUCGGGUGAAAUGGUAAAGGACAUGAACGUUGUCGACAUGAUCGUGUCGAUGGUGUUCAGUCGACUGCCGCGCCACCCGUCCACGUCUAUACAGACGCACUACCAGUCGUUGAACGAUUCCCACGAGCACAUUCGCAAAUUGUGGGUCGACGACUUUGGCCGAUUACCGCCAAGAUCACGACAGGUCCAUCUGGAUGAAGAUGGACAUGCCAUUCAUGAUAUCGUAUCAGAGACCGGGUCCACGCGGCCUUCCUUUCCACAUGUCUCGCUCUCGGAUGAUCAUGCCCAUGCGGACCAGCUCGACAGAAUUUACCCUGCUGAUUCAGAGAUUGCCGUUGCUCCAGCAACAAGAGCAACGUCAAGCGCUGUGGAGGCAUCUGGAAGGGUCGAGUCGGCCGUGCGGAAGCCACGGCGAAAAAAGACCCAAAUGGCGACGAAAUCCAAACCCACGUUUCAGCCACUUGCAUGCGUGGGGGCGUUUUCGUUGCUGCAAGUGUCAGACGAUGGCGAGGCAAACUACAUGUUUUAAUAAAUGUACUCACAUUGCGAUCCACGCUGUGUGUCGACUCA